UGUUUCUGCGCUAUGCUUCCAGUCUUUGUUUAUGUGACUCUAAAGACUCUGUUUUUUUCUUUCAAAAUCUGAAUGUUUCUUAUCUUCUGGGGCUUCCAUUGUGCUGAAUUAUGUGCUUGGUUGGAAUAUUUUUGUGGGUUGAGCUUAGUUUGUUGAAAUUUGAACUGGGUUGUCUUGUUUUGGCUCAAUGGUCUGCUGGGUGCAUGUAUUUUGCUGUUGAGUGUUUUGGUAACAACAUGAGGGUUUGAGAUGGUUCUGAAAUUUAUUGGUGUGUUUAGUUGUAAAUUUCAAGUGCAAUUGAUUCCUUAGAAGCCUAAAUUUUUUUGGUCUAUGGGAAACUAUCAGAGCAACACUCACUACAAGCUUGCAUAAAUUGACCAUAAGUAAAACAAUCAGCUUAGGUAAAUCAAUUUUUGGCUGAAAGGAUUUGUUACUUUCUUAGUGUUUGUACGACCCUAUGUUCUUUUCCUGUUUCUCAGUAAUCAGUAUAUAAUGGAGUGUGGUUGAGUUACAUACAUGUAAAGGAAUGCUAAGUUGGCUUUACAAAGAUGUAAUCUGACUCAGAGCUGUUACAUUAGUGGGAAAUUGUGUGGAAGUCUUCUCACGGGUGAUAAAGAGGGCAAAUUAAUGGCGUCCCAAGAACAACCCUUACAAACAAUUGAUAUGAGAUGUUUUACCCUCAAUGGAUAUUUAUCUGAUGCUAACUUGGCUCGUAUAUUCAUUCAUUUAAAUGGAAACCUAGCUUCACCUAUCGGCCGAGGUUGGAUAAAUGCCAAAUGGACCUUAUAUUUCAUUAAUUUUCUCAGAUCACAUGGAUCUUUGUAUAAAUGAAAAACUUAUUGUGUGUAUCGGAUACACAACAUGGCAUGCCUGCUUGGUGUAUCGAAUCCACCCAUAUUCUAACAGUGUACAAUCAUUAACACAGUAUAAUGGUUUCGGUUCAACAUUUUGGGCAUAGACAUUAAUGAUUGUACACUCAUUAUAAUAUGGGUGGAUUUAUACAUUGGUCGGCAUGCUACGUGGUGCAUAAGAUGCACACAAUAAUUUAUUGUGUAAAUGAAGUGAAGCAGUGAAAGUGCCCUACACUUGGAUUUCUUUCUUUUAGCAGUUUUUGUUUUGGUCGAGUUUCUUUUAGCAGUUUAGGUGUAUUAUUUUCUUCAAUCUGCUUAUUCCAAAAAAGAAAGCAGGAAGACAAAAGAAAGUACGAUCCUACCUUCUAUUAGUGUCUUCCUUAUUUCAUAUGGGAAUUAUAGCAGAAAACUACUCAUGUGUAUAACAACUAUUUUGAGCGAAUUUCUCGGAUUGUUUGGGUGUGAAGUAAAAUACUUCUAUUUUCCAUGGAAAAUAAAUUCAAAUGAAAGAUAGGGAAUUCCCGUAAGGCACUUGUGUGUUUUUUUCCUUCUGUAUGGAACCAUGGAAUAAUUGAUUAGAAAGUUGUUCACUUGAUUAAGGAACAUGAAUGAGAGUAAUAGACAGCUAAAUCAAGUUAGUUGAUUUUUGGCUGCGCUGUUUGAUGAUUACAGUGAUAAGGUAUAUUGUGUGAUUUGUCAGAUGACUAUCAGCUUGUGAUUAUGAUGGGACAGCUUUGGCUUGAAGCUGGUAAUCUAACACUAUUGCUACUGGAAAAAUCCAGGAAUUUGAUUUGGCCUUAGUACUGAUAUUAACCUGAUGCAAAUAGAGCUCUGCAGGUGUGUAAGCUAAAGGGUUUGUAUAUCUUUUAAGUUGGGUUCUUCCUUGCAUGGAAUCAAAGCUUAUUCUUGCUGGAAAUUACUAUGGAUUCUUAGUCAGUAGUUGAUCUAAGAAUAAAAGAGAGACAAUUUUGCUAGCUCUCUUAUUUCCAUUUUAUUCCUCUAAGGUUGGAUCAUAUGAUUUGAGACAAGUACGAAACAGUCAUUUGAUAAAAUGGGCAUUGUUGGGGUUUGCUUUAAUAUUUCAGAAUGCAAAAAUCAGAUGAAUUCAGAGGUUGACCUAUACCUACGAAAUAUACUGAGAUGCUAACAGUGCUGAUGAUAUGUGUUGUUGUAGUACGCUAAGGUGGUCUCAAUCAAUGAAUUGAUGUCAGAAAUUAGACAUAAUUCCUUUGUGCUUCCCUCAUCUUUCUGCUCCAACUCCUUUAUGAUCCAACUGUCCCUUCGUUUUAGGAUGAAAGGAUGAUAACUCAUUUUUAAGGUAGUGGGGGAAAUGGUUGAAAGUCUCACAUAGAUUUAACACCAGGCUGCUGCUCGGACACAAAUCAUCAAGGAAUUCAAAGUUUCAGCAAAAAUCGUGUAUUGCAACGGCCUCUGAGUCCACAAGGAACUGUCUAUGCCGUCCAAGAAUAUGACUUUGGAUAUAAUGGGGAAAUUUUUGUGACCAGAAUGGAUCCUCAGGCUUUUAUUAGGCUGUCAAUAAGCUCACUGGGAUUGAGGAUUCCUGGAACAGCGCUGAAGUCUGAAAAAUCUGGGAUUCAUGCAUUCUCUUCUCCAUAUUCGUGUGAAAUUCGCCUUCGAGGAUUCCCUAUGCAGACAGCGUCAGUCCCCUUAGUAUCCUCUUCUGAAGCUACACUUGAUUCUCAUACCAUUGCCUCAAGUUUUUACCUUGAAGAAUCAGAUAUUAAAGCGUUGCUGGAACCUGGGUGUUUCUACAGUCCUCAUGCCUUUCUGGAGAUUGCUAUUUUCACAGGGAAGAAGGGCUCCCACUGUGGUGUAGGGGUCAAAAGGCAGCAAAUUGGGACAUAUAAGCUGGAGGUUGGUCCUGAAUGGGGGGAAGGAAAGCCAGUGGUUCUCUUUAGUGGGUGGAUAGGUAUCGGAAAAAACAAGCAGGAGGGUGGAAAAUUGAGUGCCGAGCUUCAUUUGAGAGUAAGAUUAGAUCCUGAUCCAAGAUAUGUAUUCCAGUUUGACGAUGUCACAAAACUGAGUCCUCAGGUUGUGCAGCUUCAAGGCUCCAUUAAGCAGCCUAUUUUCAGUUGCAAGUUCAUCCGAGACAGGGUUCCCCAUGCGGAUCCACUAAGCACUUACUGGUCAGGUUCUGCUAACAAUACUGAUCUCGAAUCAGAGAGAAGAGAGAGAAAGGGAUGGAAGGUGACCAUACAUGAUCUCUCUGGCUCGGCUGUUGCAGCAGCCUUUAUAACAACUCCAUUUGUUCCAUCAACAGGUUGUGAUUGGGUUGCAAAGUCCAACCCAGGAGCUUGGAUGAUUGUUAGUCCUGAUCCUUGCAGGCCUGACAGUUGGCAGCCAUGGGGAAAGCUUGAGGCAUGGCGUGAGCGUGGCAUUAGAGACUCCGUUUGCUGCCGAUUUCGCCUUCUUUCUGAAUGCCAGGAGGCAGUGGAGCUCCUCCAGUCUGAAAUCCGCAUCAAUGCUGAAAAGGGUGGGGAGUUUUUCAUAGACACAGACAAACAGAUGCGAGCAGCAGCAGAGGCGGCGGCGGCCAGUCCAAUACCAAGCCCACAAAGCAGUGGAGACUUUGCAGGUUUAGGUCCAGUAGUAGGUGGUUUUGUCAUGAGCUGUAGAGUGCAAGGGGAGGGAAAGAGCAGCAAGCCAUUGGUACAACUAGCCAUGAGGCAUGUUACGUGCGUGGAGGACGCCGCCAUCUUCAUGGCUCUUGCAGCUGCUGUUGAUCUCAGCAUUGAGGCAUGUAGGCCCUUCCGCCGGAAGUUCAGGAAACCAUCCUUCCAUUCUUUAUGAAAAUUAAGAAAAUUCGAGUUAAAAAGAAUGGAGGUGAUUAGCAUCCCUGCACCCAAAACAGCUAUGUUUUUCUUGACUAAAGCAUAUGCAGAUGGUUUUAAGAUGUGUAUGUUGUUUACAACUCUCUCAAAACUUUCUAAUGAUAGCAUUAAGCCAAAGUGACGUCAUUAUACAUCGUUUAGACAGUAGUUUCUCAUGGUGUCAGAAACUUUCUAAUUUGAUAAAUACUAGCAAGUUGAUUAGAACU